CACGCUCUUUCUCUCUCUCUCAAAAAGAAAGAAAAAUUAAAAAAAAUUUUCUUUAAUUAAAAAAAGCAUGUGUUGUGCAAAACCCAAAAUACUCACGUGAACAAAACAGUUUACUAAGGAGUUGUACCAGUGUUUUAAGUUUAUUUCUACUCCAGAGUCCGAGAAGAUUUCCGAAGCAGGGACAUGAAAAUGAUACGAAGUAUAGCGAAUUGGUGUGUCCCUCUCAUCUCAAUCAGCCCAUUGAUAAAGGGGAAGGAGGUGACAAGGAAGAGAAAGUUAGAGCAAGAAUGAAAUGGAGGUGGUUCCACUUUCUGAGAUGACGGAUUCGAUAACAUCAUUAUGCUUGUGCCACUAAUCUUACCCAAUACAAAAAAAAUGAGGUCGGAAAAGUUUGCUGCGGGUUUGGGGGCUGCACUGGUCCUGCCCACCGGCCCCCCAGCCACUGCUGGCUCACAGAUGUCUGGGUGGGGGGACUCACUGGGGUGUGUCUUCGUCCAGGGCAGGAGCCACCUGACAAAAGAGUGACCUUGUCCCACCUAGCCCCUGUUUUCUCUUCCCCCAGAUAAGUAGACUAAGCCUUCAUGACAUUAAGUACUCCACAUCUUUUUAACAACUGAGGGUUUGAGUCCAAGUCUGUUUGAAUCAAAGCCCAGGUUCUUUCCAUGAAGCUCUUGUGCCCUGGGAAGCAUCACAGUCCAGCUGGGUAGGUGAUUCUAACAUGUAAAAUGCUUUUAGAAAAAUGUGACCAUGACCAUUAAGUCAGGAGCUAUCGACAGUACGAGUUGUGCUAAAUUCGUAGAAGCAAAGGUUCCAUGAAGGUUGUGCCAAGCGGUUACUUGGUAGAGAUAAGUUUUGAGUUGAACCUGGAACAAAGGGGAGGAUUCACUUAAGUGAAAUGUGAAUCUCUGCCUUCUUCCCCAAAAUGGCUCAAGAUGCAUGCAUGACCUUCCAAUGGGGAUCAGCAGGCUGACAUCUCUAGGAGAAGCCUAAGGAAACAAUCCUGUCAUCAUUAUCAACUCAAAGAGUUUUUCCUGUUGAUCUUGAACUGCUUUAGGGCUGAACAGACCAUCUAGUCAGACCACUCAGUCCCGGGGGUUGCCAGCCACACCCAUCCACCAUUCGUGGGCACCCUCGUGGGGUGCAGACCUUAGCCUCAGAGCUUUCCUCCCAGGCAAGGUUAAUCAGAGCCAUUCCAUUAGCUUUGUGUCCUGAAGUGCCUGUGUUCCAGCAAGAAACUUCCACUCAGAUUGGUAAGAAUUGACUGGAGACUGCUCCUAAAAUUCGGUCACUGCAUUCACUGAACACCUAGAUGAAUGUAUGCAUCUUGUGUGGGGACUGCAGAGAGAGGGGUAGCUGGGAGCAUCGUGCGAGUGGCCAGUGAGCAGCUGCCCCAGAAAGGGCUGUGUAUGCACAGAAGUGUGGGAUGGUGACCCUGCUUGCUGAUGACCUCCCACAGAGGCAGGGAGCACCUUGGGAGGCGGGAGGAAUGGCAGAUAGUGUUCAAGGGCUUUCCUGAUGUCUUUAUGUUGUUCAUUCUCUCUUGGAUUCUCUUCUCCCCUUCCCUCCUUGGGACAUCCCCCGUUUCACCCCUGUCUUCUUUCCACCACUCCAGCUCACCUCUGUCCUCCUCCUUGGACCCCCACUAUACUUUGCUCCUACGUCUCAGUUCCCUCCCCCAUCUGUUCCUACUGCUGCCCCUCUCUGUCUUUCCAUAGGCCCCUAGAUCCCUGCCCAUCUUGUCCCACCCCCUCUCCCUUUCCCCAUCUGCACAUACUUCUGUCCCUCCCUCUACCUCUCCCUUUUUCUCUCCCCCUCUCCUUCUCUUGGUCUUGGUCUCCCCUUUAAUUCUCUCUCUGCCCUUUUCUCUUACUUAGUAUCAAGUAUGGGGUCAUACUCUGUGCAGUCUGCAUAUAAUGGUGUUCACAGGAGCAAGGAAGUGGGGAGCUGCCUGACCGCCCUUUCCCAGGGAAGCUUCUUGGGAGUGCUUGUCCUGAGAUUUGCACAUGCUUCAUUUUUGACUCCUUAUUUUUAAAUGAGUUUCAGGAAUCCGUGAGCUCAGCAGAACUGUAAUAUGGAGGGCCUCAGACUGGCGUUACUCUGUGCUGAGGGCCUUUGACUUUGGAAGGUGCCGGUGUCUGUGGGAACGAUUGUCCAGCCUAACAGAAUGGGGCAGGAGGGGAAGUAGUAGAAAGCAAGGGUGUUUUCAAGCAAUUUUAAAAUAAGAAUAUCAGCACCAAAAAGGCAGAGCUCUCUUCUUCAUCCUGUAAGUAUCCUCGGUCAGUUUUGGGAACAGGGAAGUUUAAAUCAAAAAGCGAUCAAAUAUCCAUCUUAUUCCUCAACAGGUACAACAUGAUACUUUGCCCAUGGCAGGUGUUCAAUAAUUAGAAGCUAUAAGAAUCUACCUGAUAUUGGAGCGUGUCUUUGCAACUCUCCUGUAACUUCUCCGUGUAAGUGCCAAGGAAGGCGCUCCAUCCCAGGUCCCAAGCUUGUGUUUUUGUAAAGAAAGCAUUGAUGGAAUACAUGGUGUUUAGGCUUUCCUGUCACCCCUUCCGCUUCCUCUUGGGCCCUCGUUGUUUCGCCCUUUGGCUCCUGGGGAGAGCUGAGCCUUCCAAGUGGAGACCUACAUCAGGAAGGCUGCAGUCAGUCUGAGGACCACAGGCAAGGGUGCUCUGUACUCCUCAGCUGGAGUUGAGGCAGGGAGGGAGUGGAGAGAGGGGAGAAUGGGUCAGUGUCAGAGGUUUACCCUGCCUCCAGCCGGCUUAUCCCCUGAGUGGUCCUUCCCACUGACACUGUAUUUCAAUUUUCCUUUUAUUAUAAGUGCAAGCCCUUCUGGUCACAAGUCAUACAUGUGUACAGUGAUUCACCCUGAUUCUGGAAGGUGGACAUUAUCACAGGUCUGGAGUGUCUCUUCUUGGGACAGAUGAGAUCUGGAGUAAAGAAUGUGAUGUCUGACCAUCCAGUUGUUGGAUUUCUAAGACUGGAAGGAACGGUAUUUCUUUUGUCUUUUGAACUCCCAUUGAGAUUCCCCUUCCCACCCCAUCUGCUCUGUAGAGACUAUCAGUUGCUUCCAUAUUCCUCUAGCAGUGUUUAGGGAAUUGAAUCAAGAUUUCUCUGUUGUCCCCUACUCAUAACCAUGUGUUUGGUUUAUGGAAUAAAACCUGAAUCAUCUAAACUAAGUCAGGUAGGACUGCUUCAAAGCCACUUUACUAUGACUGGUGAGUCUCAUAAUAAAUUCUCUGAGGAUGGGGUCCAAGGCACCUCUAGGCAGGCUCAGCUUGUCCUCUUUCCUUGAAAGCCUAUUUUUAUUUUUGUCAAAUAGGAGAAAUAGAAAACUGAAAGAAGCAAAAAUGACUCCGAAGCUUGGCAUCUGGGUAAAAUCAUAAAUGUUCAAAGAAAGAAUACACUGCAAGUUUGGCAGUCCUUUAUAUAUUGUUUGUAUCACUGGCAUUUCCUAGCCUUCCUUGGAGCACAUGAUUGGAGAAGUCACUUACACUUAUGUUAAAGAAAGCUAUAUGAUGGCAUGGGAUAUUUAGCGGUACAUAACUGGGAGACCAUCUCAUCCACAGGCGGGUUUUGGAGUCAAUUACACAUCUGUGGGUGUCAGCUGCCAACAAGUAGCUCGGGUGUCUGGGCCGCUCCUGAAUACUCACAGGCUGACACACUCUCUCCUGAUGAAAGACUGUUCACUAGAAGCUCAGCCCAAAUAUGUUAAAGGUGGGAAGCGUUACGGACGAAGGUCCUUGCCUGAGUUUCAAGAAUCCGUGGAAGAGUUUGCAGAGAUUGAGCCACUAGAUGAAGAAGCACGGCCUUCACAUACUCCAGCCAGUGACCGCCACGAGCACUGGAAGACACAGCGCAGUGAAGAGUAUGAAGCGGAAGGCCAGUUAAGAUUUUGGAACCCAGAUGACUUGAAUGCCUUACAAAGUGGGUCUUCUGCUCCCCAAGACUGGAUAGAAGAGAAACUGCAGGAGGUUUGUGAAGAUCUGGGGAUCACCCGUGAUGGUCACCUGAACCGAAAGAAGCUGGUCUCCAUCUGUGAGCAGUAUGGCCUGCAGAAUAUCGAUGGAGAGAUGCUUGAGGAAGUCUUCCAUAAUCUUGAUCCUGAUGGUACAAUGAGCGUAGAAGAUUUUUUCUAUGGCUUAUUCAAAAAUGGAAAAUCCCUCACACCAUCAGCAUCUACUCCAUAUAGACAGUUGAAAAGGCACCUCUCCAUGCAGUCCUUCGAUGAGAGUGGACGACGUACCACAACCCCAUCAGCAAUGACAAGUACCAUUGGCUUUCGGGUCUUCUCCUGCCUGGAUGAUGGGAUGGGCUAUGCAUCAGUGGAGAAAAUACUCGACUCCUGGCAGGAAGAGGGCAUUGAGAACAGCCAGGAGAUCCUGAAGGCCUUGGAUUUCAGCCUUGAUGGGAAUGUCAACCUGACAGAAUUGACACUGGCUCUUGAAAAUGAACUUUUGGUCACCAAGAAUGGCAUUCACCAGGCAGCUCUGGCCAGCUUUAAGGCUGAGAUCCGGCAUUUGCUGGAGCGAGUUGAUCAAGUGGUCAGAGAGAAAGAGAAGCUACGGUCAGAUCUGGACAAAGCUGAGAAGCUCAAGUCUCUAAUGGCUUCCGAGGUGGAUGAUCACCAUGCGGCCAUCGAGCGGCGCAAUGAGUACAACCUCAGGAAACUGGAUGAAGAGUACAAGGAGCGAAUAGCAGCCUUAAAGAAUGAACUCCGAAAGGAGAGAGAACAGAUCCUGCAACAGGUGGGCAAGCAGCGCUUGGAACUUGAGCAGGAAAUUGAAAAGGCAAAAACAGAAGAGAACUACAUCCGGGACCGCCUUGCCCUCUCUUUAAAGGAAAACAGUCGUCUAGAAAAUGAGCUUCUGGAAAAUGCAGAGAAGUUGGCAGAGUAUGAGAAUCUGACAAAUAGACUUCAGCGAAAUUUGGAAAAUGUGUUAGCAGAAAAGUUUGGUGACCUUGAUCCUAGCAGUGCUGAAUUCUUUCUGCAAGAGGAGAGGCUGACACAGAUGAGAAACGAAUAUGAGCAGCAGUGCAGGGUAUUACAAGACCAAGUGGAUGAACUCCAGUCUGAGCUGGAGGAAUUUCGCACACAAGGCAAAGUGUUGAGACUUCCCUUAAAGAACUCAGUGUCAGAAGAACUUGAGGUUAACAGUGGUUGCAUUGAGCCUGACCAGGGGCUUGGUUCUGAAGAAUGCAAUCCAUUGACUAUGAGCAUCGAGGCGGAGCUGGUCAUUGAGCAGAUGAAAGAACAACAUCACAGGGACUUAUGUCGCUUAAGACUGGAGCUUGAAGAUAAAGUGCACCAUUAUGAAAAGCAGCUAGAUGAAACCAAGGUCGCCUGUGAAAAGGAGCAAGACAGCAUGAAGCAAAAGUACGAGAAUGAGGUCCGCGUCUUGGAAAAACAACUAAGUGACCUUAAAAACGAAACUGCAGAACUUCGGGGCCAGGCAGUGGUGCUCAAGGAAGCACAACAUACAACUCUCUGCAGACACGAGGAGGAGAAAAAAGAACUGCAAAUGAGGUGGGAUGAGGAAAAGGCUCACCUGCGGGAGAAGCUGAGGCUGGAACACGAGAUGGAACUCAAGGCUCGCCUGGAGCAGGCGGAGGACAGCUUUACCCGGGAGAGGGAAGGACUCCUUCGGAAUGGCGCCUGGACAGAAGAGAAGGUGAGAGGCUUGACUCAGGAACUCGAGCAGCUUCACCAGGAGCAGCUGAAAAGCCUGAUGGAGAAGCACGCUCUUGAGAAGGAGGAGUUGCAAAAAGAGCUCUUGGAAAAGCACCAAAGGGAACUUCAAGAGGGAAGGGAAAAAAUGGAAACUGAGUGUAAUAGAAGAACCUCUCAGAUAGAAGCCCAGUCUCAGGCUGAUUGUCAGAAGGUCACCGAGAGGUGUGAAAGCGCUCUGCGGAGCCUGGAGGGGCGCUACCGCCAAGAGCUGCAGGAGCUUGUGGAACAGCAGCUGGAGGAGAGAUCCCAGUGGGAGUUUGAGAAGGACGAGCUCGCCCAGGAGUGCGCCGAAGCCCAGGAGCAGCUCAAAGAGACUCUGCAAAGAGAGAAAGCAACGUCUCUGGUCCUGACCCAGGAGAGAGAGAUGCUGGAGAAAACGUACAAGGAACAUUUGAGUAGUAUGGUCGUUGAAAGAGAGCAGCUGCUCAGAGACCUGGAAGAUCUAAGAAACGUGUCUGAAAGUCAACAGAGCCUGCUGUCCGACCAGAUACUUGAGCUGAAGAGCGGUCGUGACAGAGGUCCGAAGGACGGGGAGCAGGUCCCGUGCCAGGCGGGCGCCUCAGAGCAGCAGGCCAGCCAGCAGCUUGAGAAGCUGGAAAUGGAACGUGACCGGGAGAGGCAGGAAAUGAUGGCCAAGCUUCAGGCCAUGGAGAGUGUCCACAGGGUGACCUGUGAGAAGGCAGAUCAGGAGAGGGCCCAGAUGAGCACAGAAAUCUCCAGGCUGCAGAAUAAAAUCAAGCAAAUGCAGCAGGUGGCAUCUCCUUUCUCCAGGAGAGAGAGUGGCUACCGGGCAGCAGGAGGCGAGGACGCAGAAGGAAGUGGAGCCAUGUCCUUGCUCCAGCAAGGAAAGCAGUUGUUGGAAGAGAAUGGAGAUGUCCUCUUGAGCCUGCAGAGAGCUCAUGAGCGAGCAGUGAAGGAAAAUGUGAAAAUGGCCACUGAAAUUUCGAGAUUGCAACAGAAGCUACAGAAAUUAGAGCCAGGGUCGGUGAUGUCUUCUUGUUUAGAUGAGCCAACUACUGGAUUCUUUGGAAAUUCUGUGGAACGGACAGAGCCAUUUUUACUGCAAAAUCAAACGAAGCAAGUAGAAGGUGUAGCCACACGGUGCGCCCUAAGUGACCUACAAGACGAUGAGGCCCGGGAUCUGGGAAGUACAGGGACGAGCUCAGCUCAGAGACAGGAGGUCAAGACGGAGGAGUCUGAAGCAUCAAUAGAGAGUUUUUCCGAGCUCGAGAAUAGUGAAGAGACCAGGACCGAGACCUGGGACCUGAAGAAUCAGAUUUGUCAGCUUCAGGAACAGCUAAUGAUCUUGCGUGCAGACUGCAGUCGAGCUUCUGAAAAGAAACAGGACCUACUUUUUGACGUUUCUGUGCUAAAAAAGAAACUGAAGAUGCUUGAGAGAAUCCCCGAGGCUUCCCCCAAGUAUAAAUUGUUAUAUGAAGAUGCCAGCAGAGAAAAUGACUGUCUUCAGGAAGAGCUGAGAGUGAUGGAGAUGCGCUAUGACGAAGCCCUAGAAAAUAACAAAGACCUCACUUCGGAAGUUUUCAAAUUGCAGGAUGAGCUAAAGAAAGUUGAAGAGGUGACUGAAACCUUCCUUAGCCUGGAAAAGAGUUACGAUGAGGUCAAGAGAGAAAACGAGGAACUGCAUGUUCUGGUUUUGAGGCUUCAAGGCAAGAUCGAGAGGCUCCAGGAAAGAGCGGUGCUGCGCUGUGACUGCUUCUCCUUAUGGGAAGCCCAUUUAGAUAACCGGGAAGUCCAACCUGACGAGAAGGUGCUCGGACGACAUCAGACAUGGGAAGAGCGUGUGCCCACGGUGACAAGUGUCCAUCAUAUUCUAGAAGAACAUUAUCAAGAAAACCAGUACCUCGAGCAGCAGAAUGCACAGCUCGUGGGAGAAGUAAAAGCGAGUGAAAUUGCCUGGCUUCACAGAACAAUCCGGACACGUCGAGAGAAGCCCAGAGUACAGAACCAAGUUCUGCUGGAGGAAGACACUGCUCUGCCGGGCCUUCAAGACGGACAUCUUCAGCGUCAGGCCACCAUAGCGGAGUUGGAACUGGAGAAGAAGAAGCUGCAGGAGCUGACUAGAAAGCUGAGGGAGAGAGUCACUACUUUAGUUAAGCAGAAAGAUGGACCUUCUCAAGGAGAAAACGAGGAAGAACUAAAGGCGAUGAUGCAUGACUUGCAAAUCACGUGCAGUGAGAUGCAACAGAAAGUUGAACUUCUGAGAUGUGAAUCUGAGAAGCUUCAAGAAGAAAAUUCUAUUUUGAGAAGUGAAAUUACUACUUUAAAUGAAGAAGAUAGCAUUUCUAACUUGAAAUUAGGGAAAUUAAAUGGAUCUCAGGAAGAAAUGUGGCAAAAAAUAGAAACUGUGAAACAGGAAAAAGCUGCAGUUCAGAAGAUGGUUGAAAAUUUAAAGAAACAGAUUUCAGAAUUAAAAACCCAAAACCAACAAUUGGAUUUGGAAAAUACCGAACUUAGCCAAAAGAACUCUCAAAAUGAGAAAGAACUGCAAGAACUUAAUCAACGUCUGGCAGAAAUGCUACGCCAGAAGGAUAAAGAGCCAGGGCGCAGUACAUUGGAGGAAUGGAAACAAGAAAAGACUAAUCUGAAGGAAGAACUGGAACAAUGUAAAGUGCAGUCCUCCACUUUAGUGUCUUCUCUGGAGGCAGAACUGUCUGAAGUGAAAAUACAGACUCAUAUUGUGGAACAGGAGAACCUCCUUCUCAAAGAUGAACUGGAGAAAAUGAAACAACUGCACAGAUGUCCUGAUCUUGGUGACUUCCAGCAAAAACUUGCUAGUGUUCUCAGCUACAAUGAAAAACUGCUGGAAGAAAAGGAGGCUCUCAGUGAAGAACUAAAGAGCUGUGUGGAUAAGUUGGCAAAAUCAAGUCUUUUAGAGCACAGAAUUGCUACUAUGAAGCAAGAACAGAAAUCUUGGGAACACCAGAGUGAAACCUUAAAGUCGCAACUAGAGGCUUCACAGGAAAAGGUUCAGAGUUUAGAAGACACCCUACAGAAUGUGAACCUGCAAAUGUCCCUGAUUAAAUCUGACCUACGAGUGACUCAGCAGGAAAAGGAGGCUUUGAAACAAGAAGUGACGUCUUUAUAUAAACAACUUCAGAAUGCUGGUGACAAGAACUGGGCCCCAGAAAUAGCCACCUUCCAUAACCAGCAGCAAAGGCCUUCUUGGGACCAGAUGGAUCAUCUGAUGAAGGAGGAACAACAGCUGCUUUGGCAAGAGAACGAGAGACUCCAAACUGUGGUGCGGAACACCAAAGCGGAACUCACGCACUCACGGGACAAGGUCCGUCAACUGGAAUCAAACCUUCUUCCCCCUAAGCACCAAAAACAUCUAAACUCAUCAGGUACGGUGAGGCCUACAGAGCAAGAGAAGUUGAGCUUAAAGAGAGAGUGUGAACAGUUUCAAAAGGAACGAUCACCUACUAAUAGGAAGCAGGUCAGUCAGAUGAAUUCCCUUGAAAGAGAGUUAGAAACAAUUCAUUUGGAAAAUGAAGGCCUGAAAAAGAAACAAGUAAAACUGGAUGAGCAGCUAAUGGAGAUGCAGCACCUGAGGUCCACUGUGAUGCUUAGCCCAUCCCCUCCCACGUGGGAUCUCCAGCUGCGCCAGCAGCAAGCCUGUCCGACGGUGCCCAGGGAGCAGUUUCUGCAGCUUCAACAGCAGCUGCUGCAGGCAGAAAGGAUAAACCAGUGCCUGCAGGAGGAACUUGAAAACAGGACCUCCGAAACCAACACGCCGCAGGGAAACCAGGAACAACUGGUAACUGUCAUGGAAGAACGGAUGAUGGAAGUUGAACAGAAAUUGAAACUGGUGAAAAGGCUUCUUCAGGAUAAAGUGAAUCAGCUCAAAGAACAACUGUGCAAGAAUACUAAAGCAGAUGCGAUGGUGAAGGAUUUGUAUGUUGAAAAUGCCCAGUUGUUGAGAGCUCUGGAAAUGACUGAACAGCGACAAAAAACAGCAGAAAAGAAAAAUUACCUCCUAGAAGAGAAGAUUGCCAGCCUCAGUAAUAUAGUCAGGAAUCUGGCACCAGCACCACUGACUUCUACACCUCCCUUGAGGUCAUAGCCAAGCCAAAGGAUACACUCAUUUGUGCACUUUACUGAAAUGGAUGGAACAUUUCAGUAGGUUCUCUCAACCUUUUUUUUUUUUUUUAAACCUUUACUGGUUUAAAGUUCAGCUCAACCUAAAACUGCCAGCAACAGAACUGUACUCUCCAUUCACUGUAAUUAGUUUUUCUAAAGAGACUCUAAUGGAAGCUGCAAAUAGUCACAUAUUUCACUGUUUAAAUUAUUCCCCAGUUUUGAAUUUUAAAGACAUACCCUGAUAGCCACCAAAAAGGUGGGUAUAUGAACACAAUGCAAGAAUCUUAAAACCCCCAGUUGUGAAUAAGUUAAAAAACAAAACAAAACAAUAUUAUGUACAAAUGUUUGUGUAAAUUCCAGGUAUUUUAAGUUUUAGAUCUGAUGAGUUUGUUUUGAUCUUUAUUUGAAAACCAAAUGUCUGUCUGCUUACACAUUUAAAUAUGGAGAAGUCAUUCUGUUUCCAAUAAUUUUGGCUCUUUAGUGAGAGACCCUGAGCUCAAUAACCACGGAGGACAGAAGAGCCAGAGCCCAUGUACUUGACCUUCUAACACCUAUGGCAGUAUUACCACUCCUGAUGGAUUAUGGAUACUAAAAACUGAUUUACUCAACUGCACUGUUAACUAAGGUUAAAACUGUACUUGCUUUAAAAAACCCAACUUUCUUUAAGCAUUUUUUUUCCUUCUGACAAGUUUCAUUUGGGGAGCUUAUCUUCUAAGAAAUGGAUAAAGCCACAUUCUUAUAGCAUUUGAGCUAUAAGGAAAGCACUGAACACAAACCACUUUCAACAGUUACUCUUAGAAGAGAGUUAAGCAAACCAUGUGGUUUUCUCUCUCUCUAAAGUCUUGGAGUUCAUCAACUUAUAGGGUUGCUUCAAGAACUCAGGGAACAGUAUUUUAAAUGGUCUUCCUGAAACACUGUAGGGCCUCUUUAAGAAUCUGAAAUGCAUAAGCCAUGUGACCUUAUUUGUCUUAGAUUUAGAGCCAUAGGAUUUUUAGUUUUACAUUUUUACUGAAUUUACUCUUUUGGAAAAAAAAAAGCAUUGAUUUUAGCGUUAAAAACUAACUUGAAGUUAUUAUUUGUUUAACAGAGGAAUAGGAAGUAUGGAAAUUUUAACCUAACACCUCAAAUCUGAUCAUAAGAAUUUCUUAACUCUGAUAAGCACUGGCAUGCAUUCUGAGGUAAAGGAGUGCCAAAUAGGAUUUUCCAUUCAGUCGCAAGACCAGAACUUUCUAUAACAGUCAACAUUUUAGAAUAGGUAACUUUUAUUUUCCCCAAGUAAAAUCUUUGCUUCUAGCCCACUUCAGCUAGUCAGGCAUUGGUGGAGGACUUACUAUGUGUAAGACACUAACAAAGCUCAUCUUAACCAGCUAUUUGUUUUUGUAGGACAGCAAUUAGAUAAGAAAAAUUCACUCUGAUACAUUCCUGGAAGGCCAAGCCCAUCAAUUUACAAGACAAAUAACAGCAAAAUCACAUACUGCUUUAUGGGCAGCAACAAAAGAUGAAGCAAACCACCUAAGAGGUCAUAUAGAGUUAACAAAAAAAAUCUUUGGGCACCUGGGUGGCUCAGUGGGUUAAGCAUCCAACUCUUGAUCUCGACUCAGGUCAUGAUCUCACGGUUCAUGGGAUGGAGCCCCUUGUGGGGCUCUGCCCUGACAGCAUGGGCCUGCUUGGGAUUCUUCCCCUCUCUCUGCCCUUCCCCGACUUGUGCGCGCAAGCACUCGCGCUCUAAUAAACAAAAAAAAUUUUUUAACAAAAUUUGCAUCAAGCAACUUUAGAUAGGUUUGUGGCCUAACCAUCUAUUAGUCCCACCUGACAACCUACUGCCAGCACUGGAGUCCUCACUACCAGAGCUCUGACAAGGCAUGGCCAUUUGUGGGACUGGAAUUCACAUCCAUGAAACAGACCUUUUCAUGUCUGGACAGCUCUUAUCAGAAAGUCAUGAAUACCCCCCUGGAAAAAUAACUAAUUUUAAUUCUUCCCUUUAGUUAUCCUUCAAAACAUUUGAUGUCUGCUAUCACGCCUUCCUUAAUCUUUCUUCCCCAGUACAAACAUUACUAGUAAGCCCAACUACUUGUAUGGCAUAGGCUUUAACAGAGAAUCUUUUUCACUUAAAACUGUGGCUAGACCUAGGCUACUAAGGUCAUAAAUAAACUAUGCAUCUGUGGUAUAUUUAUGUAAUAUGAUUCAAGUUACUCAAGGUUAUUGCUAUCAAAACUGAACAAGCAAAUUACUCAAAUUACUGGCUUUAGCAUAUGAUCACAUGUGUUGUAUUUUUUACAUUAUGAAAAGCAUAGGUUAAUUUCUCAUUAAUGUGUAUUUACAUGUAUAUAAAAUGCUGUACAAUGCAUGUAAAUAGGACUUUCUGGAAAGUUUUAGAAAACAUUCAGAAUCCCCUUUAUCCAAAAAUCAAAAUGCUGCUCAAAUGAAAGUUGACUCAGUCAAUAUCUAGGUGCUUAUUCAUUUCUUGCUUUACUGCACUUAUAAAAUUGCAAGACCAACGUGAGAAAUAGUUACCUUAAAUUUACACAUUUGUGCAGUUUAUUUUUGUAGACUAGAGUGGGAAUUUAGCUGGCAAUUUAUAAUAGCACGUUAUUUUAUAGGCAUUUAGCCACUUGUUUAUUAAAAGCACUGGUUAAACUUUCUUUGUAUUUCUGAACAGUUAUUUAUGUUAGUUUCAGAAGAUGGGAUCUUCAUUUCAAGGAAAGAAAAUCAGGUUUGCCUUUGUGAUAAUGUUAACUGAGACAAAAAUGUGUGUAACAAAGCCUACAUUGUUCUAUUUUUGCUUUCUUAUGCUUUUUAGAGCCUGAACUCUUAAGCUCAAGUUGUGAGGAGAGAAAAGUAGAGAGGGAGGGGUAGAACUGAUCACAGUAUUUUAUUUUUCUAGAACUCUUUUAAAACCCAGAUUUUAAAAACUAUUUUAAAUGUGAAUCCUUCCCAGGAGCUUCAAAUGCAUUGCUUAUGUAUUUAAUCUCAAGCAUAUUUUACAUAAAUAGAUCACAAAAUCAUGAGUUUUUAGGGUAUCAAAGGAGGUCUUACAGGUCUAGUGUUUCAAUAAUGUACAAAUACCCAGGUCAGGUAUUGUUAUGAUGAACUUUUUUUUUUCCUGGAAGAAUGAAUAAAAAGUCUACUUUAUGGUCAACUUUGACAUGUAGGAAUGAUUUUUUGUGGGUUUUCUUCUUGAGUGAAGAAAAAAAAAAAUGUGUUGUUUUUGUCAGCAUCUUAAAAGGUAUUCCCAAUCCAGGCACGACUAAGUGCUUUGUAAGAGUAUUGAGCAAGUCUUGUUUUGAAUGGAUUACCUAUAAUGACUCAGUGGAAUGAGAGACAAUUUCGGCCAAAAGCCAAGUCAAAACCUAAUAACCAAAGUAUUCCAUAUUUAAAACUUAUCAUGUUAGGGCCUAUUUGAACAUCUCAUAGACUAAAACAGAAAACACUGCAUGGCAUAUGGAUAGCUGUUUAAUAAUAAAAGUUAGCUCUUUAUUUCUCAGCUUUUUUGAAUGAUUUAACAUUAUGAGAAGACACUUUCACACCAUGAUUUAAGGGAACACUGGUUUUGUGGAGGAAAAAAAAAAAACGAGUUCAUCAAAAGCCAUCCACAGGAUAACUUUUUGAAAUAAAAUUGUGUAUGUGUUGAUAUCAACUUUGUAUAUUUCAUCUUAGCCAUUCUAUCUUAGGAAGGUUUUAAUGUGAGCUUAAGAUGUAAAUAAAUAAUUUUGCAAACA